AUGGCAUACAAGUUCACCCUCUUUUGCUGUGCCCUGCUCGGAGCUUCGGCUGCCAGCUAUAUUCCUCAUUUUGACUAUCAACAUGGUCAUGGUCACGAGGUUGGCUACAGCACUCACACCCAUCACGAGGCACCCAAGAAGUGGCACAGCCAGGAGCACGAUCAUUGGGCACCAGCCCCACAACAGCAUUACCAUGUGCCUGCUGCUCCAGUGCAUCACUGGGCCCCAGCACCACAGCACCACCAUGUGGCCGAGGAGCCCCAUCACCACCCCAAAUACCAGUUCGACUAUGGCGUCAAGGAUACUAAGACUGGCGACAUCAAGAACCAGUGGGAGACUCGUGAUGGCGACAAGGUCAAGGGUGGCUACACCAUGAAGGAGGCUGAUGGAUGCACUCGUGUCGUUGAAUACACUGCCGAUGACCACAAUGGCUUCAAUGCUGUCGUCAAGCACAUCGGACAUGCCCACCACGAAGAGCACGGUCAUGCCACCAGCUAUGUGGAUGUCAAGCAGGAUACAGGCAGCAAAUGGUGGUAG